GUUGGAGGUUUACGUCAUUCUCCUGAAUCCAUUCGGGGAGAGUAUGCGCGGAGAUGACGGACGGGCGUGCGCGCGCACGCACGCACGCACGCACGCAUGCAUGCACAACCUCCUUUUCGUCGCGGAAAAGACAACAAGCGAUAAAAAGUCGCCCACACCAUCGUCGCUGACCUGAACGAGUUGAAUCGCAUUCUCUCUAGUGUUCGGACGUUGUAUUGGAAACGUCGACGACGACGUUCUCGUGAAGAGAAACAGAGUUUCUAGUGUUUCUACUGUCAAAAUUCGGAGGGGGUAUAUAUCAUUAUAUGAGAAGACGCGAAAAUUUUUCGCUGACACAUUUUACUGUGAGUGAUAUUCGGAUGCGCGUCCUCCUUCGGGGAGACUAUUUUUGCGCAAUUUGAUGACUUCGUUAUCACCUGCCGCAAAUCAUCAGACUGACGAAGAUAUGUGAUUGAUAGAUCGCCGUCAGCUCUUUUUCUUAUACCACCAUAUCACCUCUCCAGCCAUCAGAUCGAUGCACGUACGACACGCGGCGCGCCUCUCUUUCAUUUUAAAUAUAACGGUUUAUAAAUAAGUAUGAGCAAUAGCGGGAGUGCGCGGCGGGGCUGAUUUUUCUUUCCGUUCGCGCGUUGUUUAUCCACGCGCUCUCCGCACGCGAGAGAGAUAGAUCUGCUUACUGAGAGAAAGAGAGAGAGAGAGAGAGACAAAGUGAGCGUCGGAUGCAUUCGACUUUUUUCCAGUGUGUCCUUUGUACAUAAACGCCGCCGAAACUCUAUCAAGGUUAGUGUGUUUGCUCUUUGCUUAGUAUUUUGCGCGCUUCUUUCUGACAAGGAUGAUAGAUCCGAGGAUGAUAAGAAAAGCAGAAGAGACAGAGAGGAGGGAGAGGAAAGCGCGAAAAUCGCUAGAUCGUUAGUUCCAAACAUUAUGGAAGGAUGGACGGAUACAGUUCGCUUAAUCGGCAGUUAAUUAAAAUAAUAAUAAUUAACUCAGGAUUUCAAGACGAAUCGUCUCUCGAGCAAGUACAAGGAUGUACAAAACGUCUAGCGAUAAAAUGUCUUAUCAGUUCCGAGCGUAAUAUUUUGUGACAGAAAUUUAAUGAUACAAAUUUUUAAAUUGGCAUACAAAUCUCAUCGAUUCCGCGUUUUCGAAAGAGAGGAAACGACACGUAUAAGGUGGUUACGUGGUGCGUACAUUGUGUGUGUGCAUGUGUGUGCGCGCACGCGCGCGCGCGCGCGUACGUGAUGCGUGCGUGUGUAACUGUGACUUCGAAAUGCGAUUUGUUGUGCCUGCGAUUUGUUGACGGAUGCUUCGCAUUUGUCUUUCCUUACGUUCGUCUUUUUCUUCCCGACAUGUUUUGCGCAUAGAUACUUUUUUUUUAAAUACUACACAAGUUAAUCAUGUGAUUUUAACGUUUUGUUAAUUGGAAAUUGCGGGAAAUUGAUUGAGUGACAGUAUGUAUUUCUUGGGAAUAUUAGUGAGUAAUCGAGAUAUAUUACCAUAUGACUAAAGUGAAACUCUUGAUAUGAAGAUACGAGAGUGAAUCGUUAAUACACUAGCAUGUUUGACAAAAAUAUCAUCAAGGAGAAUGCAAAUGUUCAAAUCAAAAAAUUUGUAGAUACAUUCAUAUUUCUGCAAAAAUUUAAAUCGAUUGUAUAGUUUUAAAUGAUGAGGAAUAUUUAUCAUCAGAUCUCGACUAAGCGUAAAUUUAAUAGUCACCUGUGUAUCCUGUAUACGAAAAAUAUACGUGAUGCUGUUGUUUCCAAACUGUUUGCAGCUGUGCAACAAGCUGCAGUACAACGAUAAGGACUGUCCUGAAUGUACUGAUGCCUGUAUAAUGUUAGAAGAAUUCUGCAUAUUUGCCACAGAACUGGCACGUCUGUGCGAGCGAGGAACGGCAGCUGUUCCUAUGAGCGCUUCUCGCUCAUUACACGGUGAUGGAAAGGACACCAAUCACAAAACUGGUUCAAAGAGGAUGGCAUAUGAGGUAUUUUUGGGCGGGUCUUGCAAUCCAACCACCUGGAGAUCAGAUAUAGCGAUCCCGACCCUUCAGAACCUCGGAAUUACUUACUACAAUCCUCAAGUGUCGCAAUGGGGUCCAGAGUUGAUAGCUCAGGAGUACGAGGCGAAGCAGACGGCGCGGGUCUUGCUAUUCGUUAUCGACAACCAGACGCGCAACAGCGCGGGUAUCAUUGAAGCGGCUCAACUAGCAGCUACGCGCAGCGAGUCCCUGGUGCUCGUCAUUUAUCCGUAUCGACAGGGGCAAACUAUACUCGGGGAGACCGUUUCUACUCAAGAAUAUUAUGAUUUGAUGAAUGGAUUGCUGGUACUUCAAUAUCUAAUGGAGAAGAAAAGGAUACCGAUAUUCGAGAGCGUUUCAGUUGCCCUUCAUUGCACAUCCAAGAUGUUACGCGAAGAGAUCAAUGUGCAGGAUUGUACGGAUUUAUAUACUGAAGAUGGCAUCAGACCUAUAAGAAUCUCUCUUACUCAGAAUAGGAUGGAUGCAGUAACAUUGCGAGAGAUUUUCAAAUCUAUGAAUGUUGAUGAUAGCGGAACGGUGAAGUUGGGAGAAGCUUGGGCGACAUUGCAGUCGAACACAGUGUGCAACAAUAUGCCUUUCUCAGAUUUGCUCAACACUGUGAAUAAAUCCGAAAUGUACAGGACAUUGAUAAACGGAUUUCCGACGAACGGCGAUCCGACAAAAUUUCGAAUCAAUUUCGAGCAGUUCUGUGCUCUGGCCAGCGAGUCGUCGUGGACACGAACGAAGAGUAAUGGCGUUUCUUGUGAAAGUGAGAUACCUUCAGUAUGGAAUAUAUUUUGUAGGAAGGCUUCAAAUUUUCUACGCCGAGCUAUUGUACAUCCUUUUAAUCAUUUUCUAGAUUGGACCAACUCCUUCGCACAAGAGUCCGAGAAGAGAGAUAUUUAUAUCGGCGUGGUCAAUAAAGAUCUGUUUUGGUUGGAAUCUUCUGCAGUGCCGCUGAUAGAGUCGAUGAGAUUAUCUCUGUAUCGAUCAAGUCUGAACGAGUACAACGUAAGAGUAUUACCACAAGAAUUACAAAAGAUGAAGAAUUCGCGGCUAAUCCUGCUGAUAGUGCCGCAACAUUCGCGCGGUAUUGCCAUUAUGGCGUUGGCAGCUCAUUUGAUUGGACUGCGUGCUAAGCUUGUCCUUUGUGUUCAGACUCUUCCCGAGGAUUCGAUCGUGUCUGGUGAAAAAUUGACUGAACAAGCCAGAAAAGAUUACAACCGGGGGAGGAUGUACCUGUCGGAUUAUGCGACGCGUGAAGGUGUACCUGUUUUUCAGAAUAUCGCAGAUGCUUUGCAACACGCGAUACAAUUAGUUCAAAAUCCUUGUUGACUUAAUUGCUCUUUACUAUUUUUUUCUAUUAUUUUCGUACAAAUAAGCUUCACGGUUCGAUGACUAAUUUAUUUUUACUUUUAAUAAUGUCCAGCUACCAUUUGAGAUCCACACUAUGGUACAUAUCAUAGGUAUAAUGAUGAUGAUGAUGAUGAUGAUGAUGAUGAUGAUGAUGAUGAUGCUUGCAUUGCCAUUAUUAUUCCUAUUAAGGGUGACCCUAUUCGUAGUAACUGGUGUUAUUAUUGGCCUAUACAAGAGAUUCUCCUUAUGAUGUAUCUUAUCAUUAUCAUUUUAUCAUUAUCAUUUCGAUAGCUCUCAUGCUAUUUACAUCUUUAACGAGAUAUCGUUCGUCUGUGUAUUAUUAUUAUAUAUUUUUAAAUUCUUGACAAAGUUAAAACAUAAGCAGUCAAGAUCUUUUAUUUCCAUCAAGAUAUUCCACAUUUAUUUUUAUUAUUAUUACUAUUUAUUAUGAGCACAAGACAUUUCUUGAGCAAUUAUUUUUACUUUAUAGGUCAAAUACACAAUUAAAAAAAUUUUUUUUUAAAGGGUGUUUAUAUACAUACAUACACACACACGUAUUUUAUACUAGCUAAAUAUAUCGAGCAGCUAAUUGUUUUAUUAUUGUUCUUUUUAGUGUUUUUAUUACUAUGUUCUUCUCUUUAUUGAAUGACAUUGAAUCUUUUGUUAUAGAAAUUAGUAAAAAAAAAGAUCGGUCUCUCACGGUAGAUGGACAUAUACCAUUUUUCCUCUCGUUCGUUUUUUUUUUCUUUUCCCUUUUUCUUUUUAUAGUAACUUAAUGUUCGCAAUUUUUUUUUGUAACUUUUUGGUAAUGUGGUUGAGGAUUGAGUUGAUACACAUACAUAAAACAACGUUUGUUUCUAAUGAUCUAAUCGAUUAUUAACUUUCGAAAUCUGAUCGGAAAGAGUAUGCGAGAGGAAAGAUGUCUUGCGGGGUUUGCUUAUGCUUGCGUACGUGCAUAUUUUGACCGAGUGUAUGCGUGUCGAUGUGCACUGUACGCAUAAACAUGAAAUUCAAUCGAUGGCGAGAAUUUCAAUAAAUUAGCCUACAACCUCGUCCGAAUCGAUAUACUUACGAAUGAAUGAGUGGUGAAUGAGAGAGAGAGAAGGGUGGAGGGGGGAAGAGAGAGAGAGAGAGAGAAUGAAAACGAAAUGUUCAGUUAUUUAAUGCCUCCGGAUCGUUCGAGAUCUUGCUGAGAGAUUUUAUCGUUUGAAUGAAAAAAAAAGAAGUGGCUCAAGAAAUUGUUUAUUAUAUUUUCGCACAUAUGUGACUUCAUACAUUCAUUUCAUCGAAUCAUUGCCUCUUCAAACAGAAUAAAACAGAGUUAUUAGCGUUUUCUUCAUAAAUUUUCCUUUCACUUAUUUUCUUUCGCGAGAGAAUAUUCGAUGCGAAAUUAUUGCCGGCAGUGAAUAAAAAUUCUUACAACUCUAUUGUGGUACUUAAUGAUCAUUACACGAUACCAUCUAUGGACAACAACCGUCUUUAAGCGUCUAACAUUAUGUAAUAUGACUCGAUCGAUACUCGAAAUACGAUAGCCACACAUUCUUUUUACUAUGCGCAAUGAAUAAUAAAGAAAACAGAUAAUAGCUUUUUCUUGCGAUAAACAGUCACUGCACGAAACUUGAUAUAUAUAAACUAUAAGAAACGUAUGAAAUUACAUGUCUAUUAUUGCUAUACAUUAUCUUUUGAUCAAGAAAUAAUAUUGAAUCGCAUUCGAUUGUAUACACGUAAUCAUGUCUUAUCGAUCAGAUAAAUGCAUUAUCAUUUCAUAUUCGAUCUUUGGUUUACUAUCCUUAUCAUUUUUAUUUUCUCUACAGCCCGUCCUUAUCUUGUUACUCUUCUAGAGGAAGUAAUAUCUUCGUAUAUUCUUAAGUGAUAACAACACCGGUAUCAUCGCCGGAAGAAACAAGGGAAUAUACACUGCAUAUCUGUAACAUUAUCACAAAAUUAUCUCUUACUCUCUUUUCCAUGAAUGUGCCUCUUAUUAAUUUUGUACAAAAUAAAAUCUGGGAAUAACAAAUAAACUUUUAUAGAAAAAUAUUAA